CGUUGUCGGGCAAACUUUACUUCCUCAAUCGAACUCACAAGUUCGUUAGUGUGAGGCUCAAGCUUUCCCAGAAAUGGAUGCCUCUCAGUGCCUCGUAUUUGUGUCUUUCACCCUUGUUUUUUUCGCCCUUUUACGGAAACUGUUAUGGAGUCCUGAAGUGCCCAACUUUCUACGUUCACCCUACACGAAACCUGGCCCGUGGUAUCCCUUGAAAAUCAUCGCCGCAAGGGUUUGGUUGACCUGGAAACUCAUCAAAAUUCCUCGCGUGUUGAAGAACGUCAUCGACCGUGAUUACAAUGACGUCAAUUCGGAUGGAUACAAACAAAUAGGGAAACUAACCCCUACUAACGACGAAGUGACAUGGGAGCAGCCACAUCAGUUGAAAACUAUAUUUGAUCUUGAUGGAUUGUCUUUCUACAGUACCGACGGUAGUGGUACAUUCCUUCAAGUGUCAAUUAAUCGCUUAAUCAAUCGACAGGCGCAAGUUACGCUCUUAUUAACGGUCAAAGAUGGAACUGUCUAUCAAUUAUCAGUUGCUCCAGAUACUUUGAUUUCUAAUACGGAUGGCAGAGAUUCGUUUAAUACGAACGGUGCUUUAAAAUUUCAACUCAUUGAAGCCAUGAGGAAGUGGCGUGUCACAUUUAACGGCCUAGCUAAACGAACACACCAAGGAAAGGAAACUGAAGUGCAUUUGAGAAUCAAUCUGCUUUGGGCGGCGUUUUCACGUCCGUUCGAAUUCAAACGUGAAUUCAGCCGGAAGCUACUUGCUCAAGGAAUGGCUCGUGAGCGUUGGAGAGGAAAGUUGGAAUGGACACAAAUGAGUGAACCUACUGUUGAUGGCGUAGACCAGUGGGGUGUUAUGUUUGGAACGUAUCAGGAUAGCAGUUUGGGUGAUGAAAAAGAAAUUUAUCUUCGUAGUCUUCGUCAGCGACGUUGGGGACAAAACAACGCUUCGACAUUGCACAGAAAACUGGAAUUGAUUGGCGCUUGUAAAGAUGGGAACUAUUUCUACCUGAGUGCAACCUCUGAUUCAGCCCGUCUUACGCAUGAAGUAUGGGGUCACGUCUACCAACCUAAUGGCUUCCUUUACAAAAUUAACGCAUGUGACUUAGAUUUGGAAAAUCUUGGUGAGAAGGGGCCUGUUCCCAACAAUUUUUCAAUUCACUUUGCUGCCAAAAACCGAAAUUAUCACGCAAUAAUUCACUUGUUGCCGUCACCUCCAACCGAACAUUUCAUCGGACGUCCAUGGCGUCUUCGCAGUAUGACAUAUACGUGUCAGCUGACGUUGAAUUCAAGACAAGGACGAGCUAUGCUUGUAGCAACACAUUUUUACGGCGGCAAUUGUCCGCUAGAGCUAGAAGAAUCAGUACCUUAUUUGAGUGCGUCAAUGCGCCAGCCUUCUUCUACCGAAGUAGAAAAACUAGUGCUAUUGUUUAAUGAAGAAGCUUGUCGCUUCGAUGAUUUGGUGGGAGGAAAAGGAUCAUCGUUGGCCCUCCUUAGUAGCGACAUAAAGAAAAUUCCAGUAGAAUGCAAAGUUCCUGCUGGAUUUUGCGUUACAGUCAAUGCCUGGAAAGCCCAACUGAAGAACAACGAAGAAGUUGCAGCAGUUUUCAAACGAUUGGAAGAUGUAACUACAGGUGUAAUUGAAGGUAAACUGGAGGAAUGUUGUGCUCAAGCCGAAAAACUGGUGUCGUCAGUUCCAGUUGAUUCCCUACUGCAAGAUUGCAUCCGAGAGGCCUUGCAGGAAUUGUUUGGCGAUGAAGCAGAUCAAAAACGUUUCGCCGUUCGGUCGUCGGCCGUUGGUGAAGACGGCGACGUGUUGUCCUCUGCUGGACAAAAUAUCACGGUCCUUGGUUGUCAAGGAUUUGAAUCCAUCAAGAAAGGACUCCAAAAGUGCUGGGCAUCGUUGCUUUCCUAUCAAUCAGUCGAGUACCGCCGACAACACGGAGAGCCACUUAUUCCCGGAAUGGGAGUUGUGAUUCAAGAGAUGGUGGAUGCUGAGGCUGCAGGGGUUCUUUUUACUGUAAACCCCAACGAUGGUGAUCCUGGAAAAAUGAUAUUAACGGCAAACUACGGUCUUGGCGAAUCAGUCGUUUCAGCCUCCGCUGAUCCAGAUACUUUUUACAUAAAACGCACGGCAGCUGGAGAACUUUCCAUCUCCUCUCGAACUGUUGGCUCUAAGCAAUCCAAAAUUAUUCUUUCUGAUGACGGAACGCGUGAAGAAAAAACUGAAGAAGAUGCGGUUGCCUUGUGUUUGCCCGACGACAAAGUUCUGGAAAUCGGGCAACUUGGGGUUUAUUUGGAGAAGGCCUUUGGUGGUCCAAGAGAUUUGGAGUUUGCCGUAUCUCGUGGCGUUUUGUAUUUGCUUCAGGCAAGACCAGUCACUGCCCUCGACGCUUGGACCGAUUUUGAACUUCGUCAUGAAUUCGAUUCUCCUAUAUUAACAGAUUCAGAUUAUUUCACAAAAGCCAACACUGGAGAAGUUUUCCCUGGUGCCACUUCACCUCUUGGUUUAUCUGUUUCUGGAAGUUCUUUGGACCUUAGCUUCCAGUUUGUGAUGAAAGAACAGUUUGGCAAACACUUUGAAGUCAAUCCUUGGUGCAUCGGACGCUUCAACUUGUUUCACCUAAAUCAAGUGUUCAUCAAUGUGAUCGACACAUUCCAACGCGACAUUGAAGAAGAAAUCACAGCUCACCAUCGUUCUGUCGAUAUGGCCAUUUUUGGUCACUUGGUUUCUAACUCAACAAUGCAUCAAAUUGGAAAACAACGUUUCGGCGUUGCUGGUUGGGGAAUCAAAUAUUUGAGAUUCAGACACAUGUUCAUGGACAUGUGUUUCAAUAACAGGCGUGUCAAACGAGCUGUUCAAAAGUUCUCCGACUAUGCAAUUCCGUCCGACAAGUACAUCGAUUCACAGAAACUGUACGAUGAAAUCUGUAAUCAACUACCUCUGUUGUUGGAGAUCAGCAACAUCCAUUUGCAAGUAAGCCGUGCGGGCACGAUUACACAGUUAAUUGCUUUCAUCAUUUUGCUGGACGGACGCAAUGAAUGGACACCGGAAUUGUAUGGCGAAAUGGCCCAGUUACUCAGUUCAAUCUCCAAUAUUGAAUCAGCUGAUGUUCCAGUUGCUCUCAAACAAAUUGCUCAAGCGAUUUUGAAGAGCGAGGAUGCCAAAGAAUUUUCUGAACACUCCAUCGAAAUUGCUUCCGUUUGGCUCGAAACAGAUCCUGGCCUAGCUGGAAGACUAUUCCGUUCUUUUAUUGCCCGACAUGGCCAUCGUGGCAUCAAAGAAUUUGACGUUGCCACCGAAACGUGGGGAAUGAAUUCGCGACCUUUAGUUUCAGUUUUACAAUCGAUGGUGUCUAAUCCAGCGAGUCUCGUCCCGAUCUCCCAACCGACCAAAUCCAAUGACGAUUGGCUUAAAAUCAUCGGACAAAGCAAACCAGGGAAAUAUCACGCUCUGAAAUUCUUUGUUCCACGAAGCAGGGACGCUGUUAGCGCCCGUGAAAAGACCAAAUCGCUGUUGAUUCGCACUAUUCAUGUGUUCCGGUUGGCGUAUCGCAAACUUGCGAAACUUUUGGUCCGCGAUGGCAAAAUCCCUGACGCGAAUCUGAUUUUCUUUUUCACGCAUUCGGAACUGCAGGAGCUCAUCCGUUCCAAUGGCGUUGCUUUGAUUAAUAAAGCGAAUAGAAGGCGAAAGCUUUAUCCAGAGCUUGAUGCCCUCGUAUUUCCUGAAAUGUCGCUGGGAAUCCCCAAACCUCUGCAAGAUUCGUCUUCAAAAGAGGUAAUAAUUCAUCGAAAAAUAGUGAAAUGUGAAAGUGUUGUUCUUAAUUGUAAUUUGUUCUGUUAGGUGUCGGGGGCUGAUGGAGUUCAGCUAACUGGAACGCCAGUAUUUAAAGGGACUGUGCGAGCUACUGUCCGUGUUGCAUUGAACCUGGAAGAAGCGAAACAAAUUCAAAACGGAGAUAUUUUGAUAACGCGAUGCACCGACAUUGGAUGGAGUCCGUAUUUUCCGUUGCUCUCUGGCGUGGUGACGGAACUUGGCGGUUUGAUUUCCCAUGGAGCUGUUGUUGCCCGGGAAUAUGGUUUGCCAGCAAUCGUCGGAUGUAACAAAGUGACUCAGGUCUUUCGAUCGGGUGAUGUCGUCAUCCUGGACGGGUCAAAGGGUACCAUAACCCGUGUCGACGCAACUUAAUACCUCCCCCACUUUGGAAGACAUUCCCAUCGUUCAUUACUAGAUACGUAUUACACUUUUUUUAGUCAUUAUUUCUUAACAAUA